UGCAGCUCGCUGUCUAACUCAGCAAAAGAAAUGUUCUCCUGAUGAGUUGACCCAAGUCUCGAAGCUUGAAGAUGUGCCAUGAACUAAGAGGAAGGAUGGCGAUCACUCUGACCAAGACAUUUAACCUGAUCACAGGACUGCUUAUUGUUUUCCAGUUUCACCUGAGCUUCACGAAGCAGAAGUCAGUCUAUGGACUCUACCUUCCUGACUCACAGAGCCUGGCUCCUCCAGAGAGAAGGUCUUAUGUGACCACAGAGAACAACCAGACCAGCGACAGGAGGUGGGCGUCCAGGCCCAGGUCUGGAGCUCCUGGCUGGGCCACAGAUAAGAAGGGCCUCUACAGAGACCAGCACAAACCAGAUAAGUCCGAUCCAGACCUGCUCAUGGAGGAGAGACACGACAACUCUACACAGAUUGUGGACAUCGAUCACGCCUACUACACAUCUAAAAUCUACGUCUCAGGUGAGGCGGCCAGUAAAGAGCUGUGGGUGAACGUGGAUCAGAUGAAAGAGGAGGAGUGGAAGGUCUUUGGCACUCUUUCCAGCACCCACAGACAAGCCGAGAGAGUGAGUCUUUCCUUUGACUUCCCUUUCUACGGCCAUAUGCUGAAAGAAAUCACCGUGGCAACCGGAGGUUUUAUUUAUACGGGGGAUAUAAUCCACACACUGCUCACAGCGACACAGUACAUCGCCCCUCUGAUGGCCAACUUUGACCCCAGUCUGUCCAAAAACUGCUCAGUGGUCUACUUUGACAAUGGGACUGCAUUGGUGGUUCAGUGGAACAAGAUUCACGUCCAGGACAACAUCAGUCUGGGAUCUUUCACCUUCCAGGCUGUUCUGCACAGCGACGGACGCAUCGUCUUUGCAUACAAAGAGAUUCCUGUAGACAUCAGUGAGAUCAGCAGCGAGAAUCAUCCUGUCAAAGUGGGCUUGUCGGAUGCUUUUGUGGUGCUUCAUGAGAUAGAGCAGAUCCCCAAUGUUCGGAGGAAAACCAUCUUUGAGUAUCACAAAGUCAACAUCCUAAAGUCCAAAAUCUCCAACUCCACAGCUGUGGAGAUUUUCCCUCUCCCCACAUGUCUGCAGUUCUCCACCUGUGGCGCAUGUGUCACCUCUCACAUCGGCUUCAACUGCAGCUGGUGCAGUCGGCUACAAAGGUGCUCCAGCGGCUUUGAUCGUUUCCGGCAGGACUGGGUCGACCUCGGCUGCCCUGAGGAGAGAAAAGAUCCCCAGUGUUUCCGACCGACAAACCUCACAAACGCUACAUCUCCUCACCUCACUCAUUCGACCACUCCGGCUACAACCACCACAAUGCAGCGGAGGACCUCCAGCGUGACCUCGACCCCCCACAGCAAGGCUCCCAGUGCCCCCAACCCCCCAUCACACGGACGUAUGAGCAGAAUCAAAUCCUCUCCUCAGACUCCUACCAGCAACCCUGCGGAAGAAGGAGCCCGAGAGAGCAGAGGAGAGAGCGAUGAACGUCUGCAGAUGGGUCUACUUGCGGGCAUCAUCAUGGCGAUGGUCAUCAUCGCAGCAGCUGUCCUCACAUCUGUUUACAUGUACAACAACCCGACAUCCAGCGCAAGUCUCUUCUUCAUGGAGCGGCGGCCAACCCGUUGGCCAAUCCUGAAGUUCAGGCGGGGCUCAGGUCACCCUUCAUACUCCGAGGUUGAGUCUCCGGACAAAGACAGCACGGUGGUCAUCGACCCCAAACAGUCUUUUGUCAUGUCGGAUAGAAGAGAGAGUGAACAGAAAGAAGGAUUCAUAGUUCCUGAUCAGAGGGAGCGCUUUCUGAUAUCAGAGAGAUCCUGACCAAAACUACUUUUCCCACAAAGCUUUGGGGCGGAGCUGGUUCUCUUUGGGACAACGCAUUCCCUCCUUGAAUGCUGUGACUUCUUGUUGUUCAGGUUCAUUUCAAGGACAGAAGCUGAGCAUUCAGAGGGGAAAACACCGGACCCACGAGGAGAUUAUAACUACCGGUACAUAUUUUAUUUACAGUUUGGCUUCAUGUUUACAGUUUUGAGGUGAGCCAUUGGACUGUUUUAAAGAUGUUUCACAUUCGCUCAGAUCAGGUGUGUUUUUUUUUUUGAGUUUAUCUGCGGAGCAAGACGGGAUGUUGCUGCAUGUUUGUGAAGAAGUCAGUUAUUUUCCAGCCGUUUAUGUGUUGUUCCCACACUUCUUCACAAGUAGGAAUGUCAUAGUCAGGUGUCACUUCCUCCUCAUCUGAAAAAUACAGACUAAAUACCUCACCAUUACACCCACCUUCAUCCGGGAUGCAAACAGGGCGUGCAGUGUUUCCUCUGCUGCUCAUCUCAGAGAAAAACAGAUUUUAUGCAGAAUGUGCGUCUUUACUUUCUGAAUUUAAUGACGACAAAGGCAGAAAACGUGUUAACUGAUGAUAGCUGUACAGACAUCACAAACAUCCACAGCCAUUGAAAACACAGGUCUAUUUAUUUUAGACAUGAGACAGUUCAAAUCUUCUAACAUAUUUAAUUGUUCCCACAUGUAUGUCGUGUGUACAUUUAUCAUAUAACAGUACAAACAGGUCUACUGUGGGUGUUAUUCAGAAGCUGUGCUGCUGAUAAUUACUCUUUCACUCACUAAUAACCAUUGAUAUGAUAUUAUUCAUCAGCAAGUUCAUUGGAUUACUACAGUCGUUAAAAAGAGGUCUAUAAAAAUAUUAUAAUUAAAGCAUUUAACAAGAUUAAUCGUACACAAGCUGUAUAAUGUAACAAUUUAUCUCAAGGUGUUAAAGGCUUUUUAUGCGAUUUUUUUUGACCCAGCAGAUGUCGCCCUUGAGCACCAGCAUGAAACCAAAACAACU